AUGGAUGAGGGAUCGGAUAAGGCCCCUCGGCGCAAGAGGGUCUCCCGAGCUUGCGAUCGCUGUCGCAGCAUCGGGCCAGUCCUGCUCCUACGACCCCCCAUGCGAAGAAAACGCGGUCUCCCCGAGGGCUACGUCCGUGGUUUGGAAAAGCUGUGGGCGCUGUCGAUCUGCAACAUCGACGGCUUCGAGGAUACCAUGUUGGCCAUGCUAGGAAAUACCGCCGAGUCCACCGGUCGUCGCGAGAAGCUGAUGUCCGUGUGGUCGGACGAUAGUGCCUCCGAAAGUCUACACGAGUCUUGGAAAACGAGUCGGCUCUUCGGCGCGCUGGAGAAAAUGCUCUCUAAUUCAGAUACACCAGCCCUGGCGACCGGGAAGCGAUCGCGUAACCCGCAAGAUGAUGGGCCCGACGGUCAAUGGGGGUUCCGAGUAGCUCGCACUUCCACCCCGCUCGAUCCGGGUGCUCCGCGUGUGGUUGAGCCGUUUGCUGCAUCGCCGGGUGUGAAGCGGGCUCGAUUGUCGAAAGAGCCAGGUGGCCAGGGGAUCGCUGCCAGUCCACAUACCCUGCAGUUGCCACCUCAGACUUCGCAGCUGCUCGAUAUAUACUUUGCGGUCACGCAUUCAUGGUUUCCCGUGGUGGCCAAGCAUAACAUUCUUCGCGCUUCCUACCUUUACGCCAACGCCCCUCUCUCUAUUGCCACGGCCUCACCUGGGUCCGGCGAUCAUGCCGCCCUGUGGGCAAUCUUGAGUUAUACCAUUACUCAAUCGCGAACGCAUUCACGGGCAGGUCCCGCUGGAACGGUCGCCCUGGCAAAGGAAUACUAUGCCGUCUCGCGGAAUCUCAUUCCCACGGAGAAAGAGCGUUAUGAACCUGGCCAUAUCCAGGCAUUGCUGCUGCUGACCUUGGUGAAUAUGGGCCUUGAAGAUUGGACCGCGGCUUGGUUGUUGAGCGGCCAGGCAGUGCGCAUGGCGAUUGCCAUGGGUCUUGGAAGUGUGUCCGACAGUCGUCGGUCUGAUGAACUCAGACAAGGCAAAGCGGUCUUCUUGGGAUGCUUUGUAGUUGAUUCAUUGCUCUCUUUCCGUCUUUCAAGGAGUCCAGCCAUGCCUCCAAGCGACAUUACUGCCGUGGGCCUUUUGGAGGAGGACGGAUUAGAGGAGUGGAACUCCUGGGUGGACGUUUUACCACCCACAGGUGCUCCACAGGGCAGUAAGAACCCACCGCGCCGAGGACCACUCUUGGCCCUGAGCUGCUUCAACCGCUUGGUUGAGUUGGCGAGUGUUCUCAACAAGAUCUCUCGUCAUGUGUCUUCGGGGUACAAUAUGGCCACCUUUGCGCAGCAAUUGGUUAUGGAGCUUAAGCAGUGGGACGACUGCCUACCUCUGGGAUGCCGCCUGAUUGGACCGGAAAGCAUCUAUCCAGAACGGCAUUCAGCCUUGCUUCCCCAUCAGAGUUACCUCGGGCUGACCUAUGUGGCUACCCUGCUUUGGCUCUAUCUCCAAUUGAUCUCGGGUGAGCAGGGGUUGCACCGUUCACAGCGCCCAGCCACAGAGGGGGCCAAGAAGCUCCUCUACCGAGGGCUCUCUAUGCUCACCCAACACUUGGAGAACUUCUCCAUAUGCGGUUUUCCACCGCUUUUCGAGCUAAGCCUUCGCACAAUUGCGGAGCAAGCGUUCCGACUUCGGACUACUGCCGACUCAUCGGACACCUUCCCCUUUGCCAGGUGGACAGACGAGUUCCGACACAAAACCGCAGCUUUCGUUUCCGCAUGGCCAGCCUAUGGAUCUUUAGUUUCCGUCAUGGAAAGGUGGCAGUACUCCAAAGAUGUUGUUGGGGGGGCUAUCCACUUUUCCGGGGCAGUCGGCCGUCCGUUUUCCGGUGCACCCAUGGCCGACUCCAUGCAAUACCCGGGCGGAGCUCGCAGCCUACCCCAAAACGGCGACGGAGAUUACACUUCUUCCAUCCUUGGCAUCAGUAUGCCAGUCGAUGGGCAAUCUUUGACCCCAAAAGACACAGUAAUGGAAAACACGGAUUUAGGUAUUAUGGACGUAUCACCACAUCACCCAAGGGAAGGACGGUCUGUCCUACUAGACAAGAUCACUCCACGCAGCAGAGCAGAUUCCGCGUAUGCCGCAGCCAGCGCACAACAUCAGCAACCACAACCUCAAACUCCCGACUCGGCAGCUUCAAACCCGAUGAUACCUGGAAACAUCACUUCCGUCGGUGAUAUUGAUGCCAUCUUCAAAGACCUCGCAUACCUGGAUACAACUGAAUGGUCUACGAACCGCGAGGCCGGUCUGAAGGAUUUCGGCUUCUUGGACGAUAGUACAUUCCAGGCUUUCUGUCAUGACCCGGAUCGUUUGGGCGCAUCACAGCCACUGGUUCAUCCGCCUUCUAUAGCAGAUAUAUGGCCGCCGCCUGGAUUCUUCCCGGAGACUUUCCAGGAGGUCCCCGAGGAGUCUAUGGGCAGCUGA